AUGUGGAUAGAUAUUCCAAGUGACUUAUUAAUAAAUGGAGGAGCUAAUCCAAUAGUAACAUUGGUGGAGGAAGUUUACCCUGAAAUCCUUGAUAAGCACAUGGACCCGAGAUAUCUCCAACAACGGGCCAUACUAGCUACAAAAAAUGAAACAGUUGACAAGAUAAAUGGACAUAUCUUAGAAAUUAUUCAAGGAGAAGAGAGGAUCUACAAGAGUGCAGACAGAAUAUGUCAAGCUACUAGAGGUCGGAGAAAUGUGGAGUCAUUGUACCCUACAGAAUUCCUAAACACUUUGCAGUUCCCGGGCGUAUCAAACCAUGAAAUACAUCUUAAGGUAGGGUGCCCAAUACUGUUAUUGAGGAACAUCAGCCAAAGAGAUGGCUUAUGUAAUGGUACACGGCUUAUUGUAACCAGAUUACAAAAUCGAGUGAUUGAAGCACAGAUUGUAACUGGAACAAAUGCAGGAGACCUGGUUUGCAUACCACGUGUGGAGAUGUCUUAA